AUGGAGGUCCCAUCUUCACCUUCUUCUAUCAUCACUGCCCCACCAGACUAUCGUGAAAGUGCUCGAAGGCUCGCCAAACUCGUUACAGAGGCCAUGACUUGCGACUUCGCCCUCCUACAUUAUGACAAAAUAUCAAGAUCAAUGAUCGAAUGGUGCUGGCCCAACGAUGACGAGGGAAAGAAGGUGCUACCGUCGAACUUCAAGAAGUACCGUGAAGAACAUGACUUUCUAUAUCCGUGCUGCCUGUGUGCCGAGGAGGGUGGAAGAGGGGCAUACACGGAGGCGGCGGUGUACUCAUGGAGGGAUAAGACCACCGAUAACACUUGUUGGAAAGCAAGAUGCGCAUCUGAUCGAUGUGGAUAUCGAGUUAAAAUCGAUGCAUACUAUCACCGAUCGUCUGUAGGAACCUGCCAGUACCCUCGUCGAGAACAGCACAAAGAACCGCGCCCGAUUCAUCUCGAAUGGACUUACCAGGAACAAAAAGAAUUGAUGAAGAACCUUGAGUCUGCUGGCGAUGGAAUUACAGCAAAUGAGUUCCACACUCUUUUUAGACGCUGCAAGCAAUCAUUGCGUCCUAUCGAGGUCCCAACCGCGGAUUAUGUCUCUAUCUCAGCAACUCCGAGAUGCGCUGUUACACCUCCCAUAGUGGUCCAUUCGGCAGCUGCAGCUGCUUAUUCGGCAGCUGCGCAACAGAAAUGUGAAAGUUGGUUAAGGAGACAACACACCGACCUCACACCAUCUAACGAAUUUUUCUCGAUCGAAAGUGACCUGCCUCCGAACGCUCUGGCUGCCGGUCAGCUUGCUCAUGCCCCUGAACAACGAACAUCAGUCUUCGUAAACUGCAACCCGUCGUUCCGCCUGUGCAGCACAUGGGUUACCCUUUGCGUCCACGAGGCCUUUGAUGAGGCACGCAAAGUGGAACUAAGCACUGAGGCUGGAUUGAUGGCAACAUAUCUCGACAUUGAACGUUACUAUUCUCACCACCGCAAUGCCAAGUCGGAGCUGCUUUACUUACGGGCAAAGAUGCUUCGCGCCAAAGCUGAGGUAGAAGUUUUUGCGCUGGCCAUCGAAAAUGCGUCUUCACCACAUUCAACUUAUUUCCAGUCGGUCCUACCAGAGCAGCCGUCAGCCACUCAAAAUCUAACCACCUCGCUUGCUUCCCUCGUCGUCCUCAUCAUCACCCUCGCUCUACAAGUCAUUAACUUGUGCUGCAUCAACAUAUCUGUACCUCCAACUACGUUGGUGGCAUCGACAGAGUUCGCUCAGCUCUACCUAGCUUUUGAGGGUGUAGGUGUUGAUGACGAGGAUGUAUUUACCCUCGCCACUAUUAAGGGAAUGUACUCCCGACUUUACACACAUCCUGAGUCAGUAUCGGCCCUGAGGACUAUGGAGAAUGGGAUCGACCGAGACCACCUCAGGACGCUGGUUACCAGCCAUCAUACCUGCAACAGUCCGAGCCAUCUGGACUGUGAUUCCCUGAACCACCCCCACCACCCAUCCCCCACGAACAACGCACAUCUGGCUAUGAAAGCGGCUGCGUAUUCUCAGCCUUCUCGCGACUACUUUUCUGUCCCGGAAUCGCUGGAGCCACGUCAUGGAGGCAACGUCGGGAGGUUACACCACCUCCUGGGGCUCCCCCUCAAGCUAGACCUUCAUAUGGACACGACCCUUCUCCUCAAGGAGGGUCGGGUCACGGCGCUGCAAGUGAUUAUUACAAUCGGCCUCCGCCAGAAGGUCAAUCAGCAGUCACAUUCGUACACUCCCGAUCACGCAGCUGCUCAUGGUGAAUCCUUUAACCUACCACGCUACCAGCCUCAGCCACCGAGCGAGUUCGACGAAGAGGCUUAUGGUUCUGGUCAUGACGAUAAACCGAUGGCGAAUGAUGAUAUAGGCACAGCUGCCGCUAUCGAGGCGCUGAAGAUCACAGCUGCAAAUAACCAGGAAGACCACAGGAUGGAUUCCAAACUAACACGGACGCUCCGCAUGCAAGGCCAUCUGCCGGACCACAAGCAUACGAGACCGUCUGCUAAUAUUUCUUCUGGCGUUUCGUCCCCAAUGCUCCCGGCCAAAGAGGCAACACCUCCUGCACAAAUGCUACCCCCACCUAACCAAUCAAAUCAGCUCAAAUCGAGCCUGGUGAUGGCUCUCGAGAGUCGGGCGGUGGAGGUGAAGGUGAAGGAUCUUUGCCGGAAGUUGCCUGUCCACAGUCGAAAGACUCCUGUGACCGAAAUGACUACGACCUAUGAUAAAUAA